AUGGCCUCCACUGCCCUCAACAUCCCUAGCCCCUCUAGUACCUACGCUGGUGGCUCGCUAGACACGAGCCAUGAUGAGGAGAUUGCGAGGAAGCUCUUUGUCGGGCUAAUUCGCGAGGCCAUUAGCAUCCUGGGGGAUAGUGGCCUGGUGAUCCUUAGCAGUGAUAGUGAGGAAGAAUCCAUCGAGGAGGAGGCUGACGAAGAGGAGAAGAAGGAAGAGUUGAAGGAUGAGCCUGUGGGCAGCGGUUCGUCGAUGGGAGGCGAGGCUGAUCCCAUCUCACCACCAUGCCCUUAA